AUGAGACAUACACUGUUCACCCUGAUUCCUCGGCGAACGACGACAUGCCCACGACACUCACUGCCUUCGCGCACGCGACCGCGCCGAAAUCAAUCAUCGGGGUCAUCGCCGAACACAGAACCGCUUCCUGAGACGAAGAACUCGCAUUCUCAGAAGGCCCCAUCCCACUCCCAGCACCCACCUUCUCCCUCUACCACGAACCCCUCUCCUCCAGCUGCGGCCCCAUCGAAUACACCCGCUGUUCGAUCCAGAUCUGUUCGCCAGAUAAUCCUCGACGGACCGAUUGGGAGAGCGGGGCGGUCAUAUGCGCGCAUCCAGGAAAGAAGGCCAUAUGCGACGCAGCUAUGGAGCACCGUGGUGGUUUAUCUGUGUGGCGAUCUGAGCGCGCAGUUGUUGUUCCCUUCAGAAAAGAAACCCCAGGAUGCGUCGCGCGAGGAUUCGCAAUCCGGAUCGGGGCAGAGCGGCGACAGUGCGGUCAGUGAGGGUGGCUAUGACCCGUUUAGGACUUUGCGACACUUGGUUGUGGGCGCUGGAUCAAGUAUCCCGUCCUAUAAUUGGUUCAUGUUCCUCCACAACCACUUCAACUUCACGUCCAAAUUCCUCUCGAUCCUCACCAAAGUCGUUGUCCAGCAAUCUGUAUUUACGCCCGUGUUCAACACCUACUUCUUCAGUGUCCACUCGCUGCUGUCCGGCGCGUCCUUGGAGGAGACAUGGGAACGUCUGAAGAAGGCCCUGCCCGUCAGUAUUACCAAUAGCGCCAAGCUGUGGCCGGCUGUUACUGCGUUCAGCUUCAUGUAUGUCCCGCCGCAAUUCCGGAAUAUCUUCUCUGGGUGCAUUGCGGUCGGCUGGCAGACAUAUCUCAGCUGGUUGAACCAGAAGGCGGCGCGCGAAGUCGAGGCGGCCGAGCAGGCGGAAGCAGCGACUUCGGCGAUUGCGCUCAGCCCAUCAGUGACAGCAGAGGCUUAA